AUGUCAAUGAGCAAGCCUGCUAAGAGUCUCCUUCGGGAUUCACGGCGCACUGCGGCAGAGGCAUGGAGCUUGAUGGGCAUCCUCGUCGAGAGAACUCGAGCCGCGGGGUCAGCGGAGAAGGCACUCGAGUGUUAUGAGCGGGCGCUGGGCUGGGCCGGCGUCGCAGCGGACAGAGCAGGUGGGAUUGGGAGAGCGGGUGAUGGAACGCUGGAGAGCGAGUGGAAGGCAUUGUGGGAAACUAUACCGUUUCCUGGCGAUCGUUCGGCUCCGUUGUGCAGUCUGGACGUUGCAAAGUCCUUCGCGCAACUAACGUCAAAGGAGAAGAAGUAUGCUCACCAUAUCGGCCAAGCUUCUUGGGCAGGCGCGCGCAUCAUACAGGGGCAAUGGACGCCGCAAGCACAGAAGCUCUAUGACUUGCUCAUCCUGACCUUCAGCGACAAGGAAGGCUUGCGGACCUCCCUGGCUUACAGCAGAAACCUUAUGCAGUACACCACUCAGGUCCUCAGCAACCUAGUAAACUACAAGUCGUUUGGAUUUACGAAGAUUGUCCCCCGUAUCCCCGAAGCCAAGUUCGCUGCUGUUGUUGAGAAGUCUGCGAACGCGCCGGAGGCACUUUCGCUCUGGAAUGAGUUGAAAGGCCACAUUUACCGACUGCUCCCAGAGUCGAGCAACUUCAUAGGGAAGCGCCGUGAAGGCCAUGUCUCCAACUACUAUCCCGGCGAGCCCAUUCUGGAUGACGAAGUGGCUGCCAUCCAAGCUACUGCGGAGAGCUCGGUAUCGACACCCAGCGUGCGGAAGGAUGGACCGGACAGCUUCGCUCUUCUGGUUGCAUCCGCCAACCCCAAGCCCGCGUCUUUGCACGAGAUCGAGGUAGUUGGCAAGGGUGUCCAGCUCACUGUCGAGUACGCUGUCGCUGCGCUGAAAGAGGCGAAGAAAUAUGUCGCUAACGACCAUCAAGCAGCUAUGCUCGACGGCUACAUAGAAUCGUAUUUUGAGACUGGUUCAAUCGAAGCACACAAGAAGGGUUCGACCGAAUGGGUGAAAGAUGUCGGCCCUGUCGUCGAAAACUACAUCGGUUUCAUCGAGACAUACGUCGACCCAUACGGCGGCCGCGCUGAAUGGGAAGGCUUUACCGCUAUCGUCAAUAAGGCAAUGAGCGCAAAAUACGACACCCUUGUCUCAAAGGCUCCCGAAUUACUCGAGGUGCUUCCCUGGGGUAAGGACUUCGAGGUCGACAACGCUGGAAUCUUGACCUUUGCCACGGGUGGUAAGAAUCCCGCUGGUAUCAAUAACUAUUACGAGAUUCGUGAGGCCAACAUUCUUGCCGCAAAAGCACCUAACGAGGAACUUACGUUCAUCCACCCGGAUGACCUGCAGGUUGCUAACCACGAACUGCUCGGGCACGGUAGCGGGAAGCUGUUCCAGGAGAAUGCGGACGGGACCAAGAAUUUCGACCCUUCGAAGAUCACUAACCCGCUUACGGGAAAGCCGAUUACGUCCUGGUAUAAGCCCGGACAAACGCCAGGCUCCGUCCUCGGCGAAGUGUCCUCUUCUAUGGAAGAAUGCAGGGCCGAGACAGUCGCACUAUACCUUGUCAGCGAGCCCGAAAUCCUCAAGAUCUUCAAAUACACGGAAAAGAAGGACGUGGAAGAUGUCCAGUACAUCACCUUCCUGCUCAUGGCCCGUGCUGGUCUGCGCGCCCUCGAAUUCUAUGACCCCGCCACGAAGAAGCACGGGCAAGCACACAUGCAGGCUCGACUCGGUAUCACACAGCACCUGAUCAAGUCAGGCAUCGCACGGCUGGAGGAGAUCCGCAGCGCUGACGGCACGCUGGAGAACCUCUACAUCAGGGUGGAUAAGGAGAAGGUGCUCACCCACGGCCGUGAGGUCGCAGGCACGCUUCUCGUCGAGCUUCAGGUGCGGAAGAGCACUGCGGACGGCCCGGGCGCGCGCGCGUACUACACGGAACUGACGACCCCCUCCCCGGCUGGGAGGGCGAGAUUCGAGACCUGGUUCUCAAGAAGAAGCUGGUACGUUCCCGCCGCCGGCUAUCAGACUCAUUGUCUCACUCCUGUUGGACGCUACUCCCAGCCGCGCAAGAUCUUCGUGCAACCCAACACCUUCAUCGAAAAGGAUGAGGUCGUGCUGAAAGAAUAUCCCCUCACGCCCGCUGGCGUCAUUGAGAGCUUUAUUGAACGGCGGCUCUGA